CGCGUUCGCGCCAUUCGUUGAUGAUCCGCCGUUCGGUGCGGUCGUUUCGUCGUUGUAAGCAGUGCUCACAAGUACCGAGAGGCACAGGUUGUGCCGGGACCUCUCCCCAUACAUAAAAAAACACCCAAAAAAAGAGGCAAGGCGAUUAAAGUGCAGAAGGUCCAACGCCAUUGCAGAGACCUUACAAGCGUGAACGAGUUGUGUGUGUUCUCUGUUUCUCUUCGGAAAAGAACCUCGUGCUUAUCUUAAAAGAAAGGAAGAACCGUGAAAGAAGAGUAUGCUACAGGUGAAACCCGUGCAGCGGAGAGAUAGCCACGCUUUGGUGAAAUUCCACUUGUGCGUGUGCCCGUUGCGGCUGUAGUGUGUGCAGGUGUGUGCGGCUUUGGCUACUUUGGCGCUCGUCCUCGUUGGCCAAAGGGCACGUUUUUGUGUUCUUUGUCGGUGCGAGCGUGAAGCAGCUGGGGGAUAGUUAGUGACGGAACGGAACGGAAGUGAAGUGGGUCACUGGGCGAAAGGGAUACCGUGGGCUUACCCCCUAUGCAAUUCGUGCCAUUCUUACACGCAGUGCGCGGCCACUGUGUCGCUGAAUGAGUGUUUGUGGUGAACCGAGGAAAAGAAAACUCAACGUCAAUUCUUCCCACUGUGCAGUGUGUGUCGCGGAGAUCCCCGGGGGUUGCGGUGGGUUGCAUCAAAAGCCCAGCAAGAGGAAAACCAUAACCCGUCCCCGGCCAUUGUGUGUCCGUGUGUGUCCAUUCUAUCAUCCAGCUACGUGAAGUUAACACAAAGGAUGAGAAAACGAAUCCAAAUGCUCCCGCUGGGAGUGACACUGGGUGCAGCACUGCUGCUCCUUUCCACCGCCAGCGCCUACACCUUCGACGAUGACUUCGAGGAUCUGAUCGCGGAAGAAUCGAACGUGGACGAGGACCUGCUGCCGGGGUCGGUUCUGCUGCCCUCCGACGUGUUCAACGAUGGCAAACCGUUCCUGGUCGAUCGUGACCCUUCGACGGGGGCGAUCGACUUCCUGCACAAGAAGACGGGCAAUCAGCUUGACCUCGGGGACGGCAAGCCGUACGAACCGAUCAAAGAUAGCUACGUGAGCGAGAAGAAGGACGUGAUCAUCCAUCAAUCGACGCCCAACUUUCACGACUUUCUCAAUCUGCCCAAAAUGUACUCGCCGGAAAACUUCGUCUCGAUAUCGAGCUCGUACUCGAACCUCAAGUAUCAAGGCAUCAACAAGGGCUCGAACCACCGCGAGCAUGGGAACACGCACAUCGUAGCGGCCACAUCGGCAACCGCAGCACCAACGACAACCACCGCUAGCAGCACGACCGCGACCCCGGCGGCCUCGACCAAGUACUUCUACAGCAGGCCCCAGUAUACGGCAGGAAGCUACAAUCGCGCACCGGGAGCGGGACAGGGCAACGCGAACGCGUAUUACACCUACCCCGCCACGUCGGGACGGCCGAUCACGACACCGACGACCACGACAACCACCACGACCACAACAACGACGACCACACCAGCUCCGACCACGACGACGACGGAAGCGCCACGAACGACGGCCAACUCUCAGAAGCAGCUCUUCACGCGCUACCCGUACAAGAGCACGAUCAAGAACAAAUACCUGGAGACGUCCGAGCAGACGCGCAAGAAGUUCUUCCUGCCGUCGACGCUGGCCCUGCCCGGACCGACCACGACCACUACCGAACGCGCCCCUUCCACCCCGAUGAGAUCCUCCACCUACUACUCACCGGCUGGACGGCCGCACUGGCCCACGACAUCCUUCCAGACGACGACCAGCACGGAGAGUACCGUCGCCGUAACGGCCUCGACCGCUCCUGCCAAUCCCGUGCGCUUCGUGGACGAUGCGGACGAGCAGCCAAAGAUCAAGUUUACCAUGCCAGCGCUGAAGUAUGAAGGCUCGCGACCGGCACCGUUCCGACCGAUGCCAUCCCAGGCCGAAGAAACCGGGCCGGACCGGGAAACGGCCGCCAGCGGCUCGAACACCAAGAUCGAUCUGCCGAAGAACCCGGCCGUGAUGUCACUGUCCGACAUCUUCAGCACGCUCGAGCAGAAGAAGCGCAUCGAAUCGCAGCAGGCGGAGAACAAUCGUGUCGAGGAGGUGGAAGAGCAGCCGCUCGAGGAGCAAGCUUUUCCGACGACGCCGCCUUCCAUUGUGCUGUUGAAUGAGGGAUCGGUCGGAUCGGUAACCAUUGGGUCCAGUGGGCCCCGCAUCGAGCAGUCGAUCGAUCUAUCCGAUCAGUACGUGCGAUACGAGAUACAUCCACAGCCGCAGACACCACCAACUAGACCGUCGUUCGUGCAGACCCAGCAGCAUCAGCAGCAGCAGUAUGAGCAGCAGCAGUAUGAACAGCAGCACCAGCAACAAUACGGGCAAUACCCGGUACACCAAUCGAACGGACAUCGUCCCCAACCACCGGCGAUGGAUGUGGUGGGCGGGCAGUACGUCAAGUACGAGGUGCAGCAGCCGCAGCUGAACGUGGUCAAGUAUGGAGCAGUGCCGAGCAUGAACAAUGUCGUGAUUAGCCCGAACCAGCACUCCGCCACGUUCGUGCUGGGCUCGCAGCAGUCCGUCGGCAGCAGCAUUGGGUCGUCGUCCCACGCAGAAGGUGUUGGAGGCCACUUUGUGGGCUCGGUGUCGCAAGAUUCGGCCUCGGCCGCUGCACUUAGCGCCGGCCGUCCGUCCUACCAGAUGGGCCAGGUGCUGGACGAACCACACGACCAAACGAACGUCGGCGCGUCCGUACAGGUGCAAGUGAAGCCGCAAGACAUCAUCAAGACGACGAGCGUACGGUUCCCGAGCGAGUCAGACGACAAGUACGAUAAUGCGCCCAUCAUCAGCGGCACGCACAAGUCGGAAGUUUUGCCCCCGAACGGACACUCGGCGCCGGUGCGCAGCGACCAGAUGGUGGUGUUCCCACCGAACCAAGACAUUGCCAGCACGCUGCACGAGGUUUCGAACCGCAUCGUGUUCGACUCGUCCUCGCCCUCCAGUGAAACGCUCAACCGGAACGAGCUGUCCAUCGCGCCCAACCCGAACUAUCCAGCGGAUCUGCCCGAACAGCUGACACCUCCGUCCGGUCCGGAGCGUCCUGAUCUGAUCAAGCAACGACCGCGCCCACCAAUACCCGCCCAAGGGCCGCCCUUCCGGUACAGCGAAAUUCAGCGCCGACCUCCAACGUAUUCAAGCGAUCGGCCUUCCCGCCCGACACUCACGCUGCCGAACAUUCUGCCCCAGUUCCGUCCGAAUGCAAAGAUUUCCCAAGGCCAUCCACCGUACAUGAAGGAACCGGGAACGUACCGUGUCGGCCCACCGUCGGGAAUGCUCGUUAAAGCUGGUCCCCCGCUACGGAAACCGGCCGGCUAUAAUGUGCCCAACGGGUUGCCGCCAUCCACAGCGGCCAUGCGCCGAACUCCGGUGCCGACGCGGCUAAUGACGCGCCUAAGCCCUUCCCCGAGUCGCCCGCAGAUGCAUCCGGCAUCGGCCGAGCUGGAGAACCGUCGUUACUAUCGACUACCGCCGCCACCACCGCCGCCAGCCAUGAUUAAGGAUCGCGUGUACAACAUUCAACCGCCCCGGCUACAGCCUCCACCGCCACCACCACCACCAGCAGCUGCUCCAGUGUCGGGAAGCUCGUCCAACGUUAUUCCACCGGCCGUUACUUCCGCGGAAAAACCGAACGAACCUCUGGAGGACAGCGAGUUCCAUCGGAAUCCACCCCAGAUCUUGCGCAACAUCUUGAGGGAUGAUCAGCAGCAGCGACCUAAACUGGAACCCGUGGUAACGCUGCAGAUGCUACAGUCCAAGAAGCAGGCAUCGUCCCACGGUUCUCCCUCGGUGCAAGAAUCGCUCGGUGAGGCAAGCAACGUCGUAGCCGGAUCGCCCCAAUCGCAAACGCACGAGACGGGCCACAAGGACCGGCCAGUGUAUGUAGUCUACCCGGUGAAGAGUACACCUGUCCGGCUGGAUAGCAAACCGAACGGCGAUCCGAUCGUGGUAGGCCAUCGCGGAGAGCAACCUCCAUCGAAACCGAUCAGCCCCGGUACGGAGUACCAGAACACGCCGUUUUCGAUCGCCUCACACUUUGAGCAGGAACCAAUCUUAACGGCCAAACACCGGAAACCCAACCCGAACGGUAAGCUCAACUUCCCGUACAGUCUCGAGAAACCUGACCCCCUGGCACUGGCCCAACAGCUCGACAAGGAGCAAUCGGGCGGACAACCGACGCAAGAUCUGCUAGAAUCGGACUCCGAAUACAAUCUGGGCGAGGAGCCGACGAAUGUGCGCGAUCAGGAUCAGGACCUGAUCUCCAGCAAACUGCAACGUUUCCAGACGGACAGCACGCCGAUUGCGAUCGCGUACACUCCAACCGAAUCCAGCGUAGUGGGAGGCAGUAAUAUGCGGUACAGCAAACCCGUUGGAGGUUACGGAUCGGCAGCGAGCAAUUACUACUACUCGCCGUACGGUGAAACGCAGACGGAGGUGUCCUAUCUGAAGAUCGACGAUGUGGAUGAGUUUGGCAACCCUUCGCGUCGCUACGAGCAAAGCUUCCAGGCACCGUUCCAGGCGAGCAUGAGUUUGGAUCCGGUCAAGGUGACCAAUCCGUACGAAGGGUGGGCCGUCGUAACGUCCUCGCCGCAGGCACUCAAACUUCAACAGCAGCAGCAGCCGCAAGCGGUACACAAACCCGACCUGUCUCCAAUCCGUCCACACAACAGUCCCAACUCGAUUGAUCGUUCCGACAUCGGUGAUACCACCUCCACCGGCACUGGCGACGAUAGUGCAGACCGUCCAGCAGCGUCCGCACCAGUAACUACCUCCUCUACGGCUAAUUUCGAUCAAAACAGCUUCCAGCCGGAACUGCAGGGCGGUUUCCGCCCGAUCUACGGGGCGGACAUCAAGCUGAGCGAGCAGCUCAACCCCGAUCCGCAGCGAUCGAACGGCGGCGAUCUGUUUGCAGAGGACAGCGAGAACGAAGCAAACAAACUGCAAACAAAUGCUACCACGACCAAGCUGCAGCCUGUAGAAUCGAAGCCGAAAAUAGUGAAAAAAGAAGAACCGGACAGUGGAAUGGAUCUGGAUCUGGAGGCAUUCUUCGAUCAGUUCACGAAGGACUAUGACGAUGGCGAUACCGGGCUGGACGAUGUGACGAUGAGCGAGGAGACCACGAACGAGGCGCUGCCAGCCAGUGGAGAGGGUCAGUACCGCAGCGCUAGCGAAGGACGAAGCAGUAAAGAUUCGACAGCGGAUGCGGGUGUGAGUUCUGCGUCUGAAAGUCCCAUCACAAAAGCUGAGGCGGCGGAUGAACCCGUUACAAAGGCGACGUGAGCACCGGCGUGAGGAGAUGGCGAACGGUUUGAACAGUCGUAUUCCUUCGACAAACCUAGGACAGGGAAUGAAUUAGUAGUAUGUGUGCGUGUGUAUGUGUGAGUGCUGUGUGUAUGUAUGUAACAUUAUACUAGAACGUGCGGGAUGGAAGAAUGAAUGCGACACCUGGGAAUGUGAAUGAAAUUUUCCAGAGAGUUGGAGAUACAAGGAAAACAACCUUCGGACAGAAGGAGACGAUCAAACAAACCGGCCGAGUGGAGCGCAACAGUUGACAAAUCUUAAUCAUCCACCAAACCAAUAGAAGGAGAGAUCGCACCGAUGAUAAAGUAGAUGUUGCUGACCGGGCGAGGACCAUGGCGUGCGCUGACACGCCCCAACCCCCGUCCGGCAGUGCCGAAUCUUGAGUAUCUAAUGUUAAGCAACACCGGCCACCAAUCUGAAAAUGGGCUGCCAUCGCGACGAAAGAGAACCCCGGGGCCGAUGCUGCUGGACGAAUGGUGCAAACGCUAGUCAAUAGAACGGCUGCCAACACAAUCCAAACCCUGCACCGAGAGGCAACGACGCAACGAGACAGUAAGACGAAAGCGAGCGGCCAUCCAUGUUGGUGGGCACUAUUUUUGUCCAUAGAGUAAGGCGAUGGAAUGAGCUUAAUAUUGGAUACUUGAUACUAAAGACAGGAAACCAUGUCCCUAGCAAUGCGCAAUUUAGAACCGCAUUAGGGAUGGGAUAUUCUUUAACGACUUUCAGUGAAAUGAUCCAUCAUUCGACUAAUUUCCAGUCACAAAUCAAUUCCACCCUUUCUUUUGUCCGAAUGUACUGGUAUUUAGAGAGGUAAGGAUGAACAUUCCGUGUCCCAUGCACUGACGCGUAUGCGCGUUACAACGUCGUUACGGCAGCUCCUGGAAGAGCGCAAGCAAAAUGUUCAUUUAAUUUAAAUUAUUUAUUUAUUUAUUAACGAAAACGAACGACUUCAGACUAUAUUCCGUAUUUGCGGUACAUGAAAUUGAGUUUCUUUUUUGAAUGGAACCAUUCUUCUCCCCUUUCCUUUCUGCUGACAUAAUCGAGACAGCGAGAAGGAUACGGGAUGUAAAGA